GUGUCACUACGUAUGCUGUCAGCUUGCACCUUCCCUACUCGAAUCGAGACGAUUCUCAGCGUGUGUGGCAAGCCCAGAUCCAGGCCAUGAGGGAGAUUCUUGAAGGCACCAGGUACCACGAUAACAUCUUCAUUCUGAGUGACUUGAACUACGAAUUAGUAGACCUUACAUCGGAGAUGGCGGAUGAGCGAAGUGCUCUCCUCAACCUCUUCGUUCACGAUGUGGGGCUUAGCUUUACCAAACCUUGCAUGUAUACAUGGAGCAAUACGCGCGGGGCCUCCUCACGUAUUGACUACAUCCUCUACCGUACUCCACACCAGACCACGUUAGAUGAACAGGUGGUGCUCGAUUCGGACACGCUCAUAGGACUUGUGCGAGAAAGACUUCGUGGAAGUGGCGUCACGCGCUUGCCACAGACCCCGAGGGACGGGGCUCCGUAUGAGUUCUGGUGCGCGGUCCUGCAAUCGGACGCUGCGGAGCACCUCGUUGAAUUGGUGAACGAUCUGCUCCUCGGGAACCUUGCGUUCCCUCAGGAGUGGACCACGUCACAGAUCGUCCUGCUACCCAAGACCAAGGAACCAGCUGCCCCCAAGGACUUUCGUCCCAUCGUUUUGGCGGCUACGUUGAGUAAGUUAGUGACCAAGGCGCUUCUUGUUCGACUGAGGACGAUCUUCCCGCCUAUGCUUACAGGCCAGCUGUCGGCCCAGCGAGGGGCACAGUCGUUGGACGGGUCCGUGGCCCUGAAGCAUCUGGUACACCUCUCGAGGAGGGGAAUCCUUCAGGGAUCCGCCUUCUCGGCGGAGAUUUUUGCUCGGGUGCUUGACCAUUUCUUGGCGCCCCUAGCACAGCAGUGGGCAGACGAAGAGCCCACGUGGGUGAGGGAUAGCUCAGGACGCCCGAUGUUCAUGAUCCUCUAUGCCGAUGACAUACUUCUCCUGUGCACCAGCUGUGCGCAGACUACCCGCAUGAUAAACCAGCUGCAGGACGCGCUUCAGGCAAUUGGCUUGCAGCUUGCAAAGGCCAAGUGUCAGUACAUCAGGCCUGGCGAGAGGAAUGUCCCGAAGCCAGGCGCAGACGAGGACGGUGGCCGAAUGCGCCAUUUGGUAUCACGCUCCUGUGGCGGCGCUGUAGGCUUCCCGGGGAGAGCCAGUUCUGGGAAGGAAUGGCCCAGGACCGGCAACGUGUUCCAGAUAAAGGGACUCCUCCCGGACGCCUUCUAUAAGGACCUCGGCACGGUGGAUUUGUGCCACCGGUGCCUUCUGAGAACAGGCGAUCGUUUCUGGUUGAUGCCACAGAAACACCCCCCAAUUGACGAGCCGAAUCCGUCGUCCUACAGGCAUGUGAUGUCUCCGGAGCUGCUUGAUGAAAUUGCUUGUUUCACGAUAGCAUGUGAUGGCAGCAGACGGGGACAGCAAUUAGGAGCGGGUGUGGCAAUCCUCCCGCCGUAUGGGGAAAUCCCGAGGGACGCCAUUAUCUGCGGCUUCCCGAUGUCCGGUAGCCCUGCCACCAACAUAAGGGCGGAGUUGCUGGCAGCUACUAAGGCGCUGGAAAUGUGCUUGCAGCUGUUGAACAGAGUCCCGGAAGCCACGCUGCUUCUCUUGACAGACUCUGCAUAUGUCAUUCAGGUCCUGGAAGGACAUGCCCUGAAUGAAUUGGCUGACCACAGCGCAAAGAAAGCACUGGAUUAUCCCAGAGGAAGCCGACCUCCUUGGGAGCCUAGUGCCCAGCACGAGAUGGUCUCUGUCGGUGUGCUGACCAUUUUGGUCUUGUGGAUCGUCAGCUCGUGGAUGUACUAUGGCCGGAAGCGUGCACGCGCUUCACCUACCCAGCCGCCUGCUGCGGUGAACAUCGGACCGGUCACCUCAGAUGGUCCGUCUGACACAAGCCAAUGGGAAAAGGUGAGUACCCAAAUGCAGCACAUCGAGAAGAUGCUGACCGCCAUGCCGCACGGAGAUGUUGCGGCGAUCCUGGCUGAGAGUCGCCAGCUCUCGAAAGAACUCAGGUCCCAAGUUGAGGACCUCCGUGGGGAGAUGAAAACAACACUGGGAGCAGUCAUCCCGGUAGCCAAGAAGGAACUUGCCAGCCUGCUCAACCAAAGGCCACCUGCUUCGGUAGCCGAUGUCAAGGCGGUGUCCCUCGAGAUGCAGAACGUCCGCAACGAGCUCGGGACGCUACAAGGUGAGGUGGCAAAAGUCGAGAAGCUCCUCGCCGACACGCAUCAAAGCAGCUUGGACGCCCGGGUGGAGAUGAAGGCUGAGGCUGACAAGCAGGAGAACUCGUUCUUGGCGUACGACACCAAGUUUGACUCGGAGUUCGCAUACAUCAACCAACGGAUGGACGAGGCCCACACCAAGUUGGAUGGGCUUCGCACCAAGAUUGACCAGGCGAUCGGAGACAUACGCAACGUGCACAAGGUCAUUCCCUACCAGCAGAACCUCCAGACCACGGCGGAUGACAUCCAGUGGCACACGCAACAAGUCUUCCACAGAGGAGGAACGCUGGAUGAGAGCCUGAACAAGACCUUGGAGAACACCCGCAUGCUUGGAGAGGCCAUGGAAGAGCACAACGAGUACUUCCGUGAGGCCCUGAAAACGAUCCAGACCAAUGUUGACGAGCUACUAAGUCGUCUUCUCCCGGCAGCCACUCGACCUCCGCAGUCGUCGCAGCUUCGGCGCCAGCUGCAGGAGGACAAGCUCAGCCGGGACCCAGCCAAGGAGGACCCUCCAAGAAUGCUUCGCAUGUUCUGGGAGCCCAUUGGAGGAAGCCUGGAUGUGUGGGAUGUCUGGACCUUACAGCUCGUCAUCUUGGGCGCACUGAUGGCUCAGGUCCUCUGCGCAGGCCUUAUGCUUGCCUUGUUUUUGUACGCAAGGAAAGAACUGCAUAUGAUGAGGGAGGACCUCAGACGGGAAAGACAAACAUACCUCACCACGGGAGUCGUCACGUCUGAUGCCCCCAGGGCAUUUGCUGGACUUAUGAAAGAAGAGGGGGAUAGAAAACACAAAGACCUCAAGGGGUACAUACGGCUGCUGGGAAAGGAACUUGAAGAGUACAAGGAGAGGUUCCUGACAGUUCAGGGAUUGCUGGCCGUAAUAAGCAAGCAUACUGCGCCGCUACUUAAAGAUGUGCCUGACACCUUGCGCAGCAUCAUGAACCACCUCGAUGACAUCAAGGACUCCUUCGAUGAGGGUGUUCAGAAGUCCUUGACGAUGCUGGAGACUAGGUUGCUGGCCUUCGAACAGGAGUUUGCCAUGCAGAGAGAGAAGAUCCCUGAGAGCCUUCGAAGACAGAAUGCGUCUGUGGAGAGAGUCUGCGUUAAUGUUGGGAUGACGUUGACGUCGACCCAAGAGACGAUGACAGAACUGAGCACACAGUUCGAAGCGCUGAAGGCAGGAGUUCAAGGUAUUGAGCUCCAGUGGAACCAAUGGGCGGACACCCUUCAACACCACGACCAGCUACUCGCCUCCCUCGCAGGCCUAUACAAGGUGAAAUACUAA